GAGGAGGGGGGCCGAUCGCUAUGGAGUAUUUCAUGGUGCCCACUCAGAAGGUGCCCUCUUUGCAACAUUUCAGGAAAACAGAGAAAGAAGUGAUAGGAGGGCUCUGUAGCCUCGCCAACAUUCCACUGACCCCUGAGACGCAGCGGGACCAGGAGCGGCGGAUUCGGAGGGAGAUCGCCAACAGUAACGAACGGAGGCGCAUGCAGAGCAUCAACGCGGGCUUCCAGUCCCUCAAGACCCUCAUUCCCCACACAGAUGGAGAGAAGCUCAGCAAGGCAGCCAUUCUCCAGCAGACGGCAGAGUACAUCUUCUCCCUGGAGCAGGAGAAGACCAGGCUUCUGCAGCAGAACACGCAGCUCAAGCGCUUUAUCCAGGAACUGAGCGGCUCAUCCCCCAAGCGGCGGCGGGCAGAGGACAAGGAUGAGGGCAUCGGCUCGCCAGACAUCUGGGAAGACGAGAAGGCAGAGGAUCUGCGUCGGGAGAUGAUUGAGCUUCGGCAGCAGCUGGACAAGGAGCGCUCGGUGCGCAUGAUGCUGGAGGAGCAGGUGCGCUCGCUGGAGGCCCACAUGUACCCAGAAAAGCUCAAGGUGAUUGCACAGCAGGUGCAGCUGCAGCAGCAGCAGGAGCAGGUACGGCUGCUGCACCAGGAGAAACUGGAGCGGGAACAGCAGCACCUUCGGACCCAGCUGCUGCCCGCCCCGGCCCCCACCCACCACCCCACAGUGAUCGUGCCGGCGCCACCCCCUCCCUCCCACCACAUCAACGUCGUCACCAUGGGCCCCUCCUCCGUCAUCAACUCUGUUUCCACAUCGCGGCAAAAUCUGGACACGAUCGUGCAGGCGAUCCAGCACAUUGAGGGCACCCAGGAAAGGCAGCAGCAGGAGGAAGAACAGCGACGAGCCGUCAUCGUGAAGCCAGGCCGCGGCUGCCCCGAGGCCCAUGCCUCCGACACGGCCUCCGAUUCAGAGGCCUCGGACAGCGACGCCAUGGACCAGAGCCGGGAGGAGCCGACAGGGAACGGGGGGCUUCCCUGACCACCCCCCAGCCCUCCUCUCCCCUCUUGGGGCUGGAGGGGGCCGGGGGGCAGCUACAGGGAGCAAACGCAGGUGAACAAGUGAGGAAUUUUUACAAAAUUACGAUGUCAUUUGGGUCUCUUUUAUGACCUCUUUUUCAAUACUGUAAAUCGACCUUUGAGCGAAGCCACCCGACCUGAGGUCCCCGGGGGCUGGGGUGGCCCGAGCGCGUUGGGGGCACCGGGACACCUGGGGCUGGGCCUCGCCCCGGAGGCCGGGGGAAGCUGACACAGGUGCCCGGCCUCUCUCCGCCAAAAAGCAUUUUAUCAUUUAAACAUAUUUUGAAGAACAGGGAAAAAUCAAACGAAACCCCAUGGUAUGCUGCCCUCCCCAGAGCCAGCCCUAGACCCACAGUUUUUGACUCCUUCCCUCCUCUUUGGUUUUUUCUUUUCUCCUUUAAGCACUUACAUGGGUUGGGGGUCUGGCUGGGUCGAGGCUCUCUGGGGACCCGGGGGUCUACGUUGCUUCUCGGUUGGGGUUUGCUGCUGCCCUUCUCCCCUCCCCUCCUGGCCUCGGCUCAGCGCGAGGAUUUCCCCACCACCACCUAGCCCCCCCCUCCCUCCGGGUUUCCCAUCUUCCACCCAAAAAAUGUCUUUGUCUCUCUCUUUUUGUUUUGUUUGUUGUUGGUUCUUUUUGGUUUUGGUUUUUUAUCUUUUUUUGUUUUUUUGUUUUUUUUUUUUUUUUUUUUAAUUUUUAGGUCUUUGUGUUCAAGGAGAAGCUAUUAUAUUUUGUUAAGAAAGUGGGGGGAAAAACCAAGAGGCCACCGUGCCUUUAUAAAGAAACAAAAUAAAGUUUGUACUUUGUUUUUUAGA